UGCCGCUGCGAGCGGAGCGGAGCGACGCGAGCUCCGCGCGGAGCAGAGCGGGAGUCGCGCGAGCGAGCGAGCGCGAGUCACACGAGUUUCUGUUUCGCAUCGAUCACCGUCGGCGCGAUAUGGCAGCCCAGUGGAUCCGUACAGCAAUCUCCACGAGGAGGAUCGCCGGUGCGCGGCUCUACAGCAGCAAGGUGCACAAAUGCACCCUCAUACCCGGGGACGGCAUCGGGCCCGAGAUCUCCGCCGCCGUGCAGAAGAUCUUCGACGCCGCCAAGGUACCAAUAGAAUGGGAAACAGUUGACGUAACGCCAGUGAAGGGUCCAGAUGGCAAAUUUGGUAUACCACAAGCAGCCAUCGAUUCUGUCAAUAGGAAUAAAAUCGGUCUCAAGGGACCUUUAAUGACUCCGAUUGGGAAAGGGCACAGGUCUCUCAAUCUCGCGCUCAGAAAGGAAUUCAACUUGUAUGCCAAUGUGCGACCAUGCCGAUCCCUGGAGGGGUACAAAACACUGUACGAUAACGUCGACGUCGUUACCAUUAGAGAAAAUACGGAAGGUGAAUAUUCGGGUAUAGAGCACGAGAUCGUUGAAGGCGUUGUACAGUCUAUUAAAUUGAUCACGGAGGAGGCCUCUCGUAGGGUAGCAGAAUUUGCUUUUCAAUAUGCCACAGACAAUAAUAGGAAAAAGGUUACUGCUGUACAUAAAGCGAAUAUCAUGAGGAUGUCGGACGGCUUGUUCUUGAGGUGUUGUCGAGAAGCCGCACAAAAGUUUCCAGGCGUUAAGUUUGAGGAGAGGUACUUGGACACAGUUUGCCUGAACAUGGUGCAAGAUCCGAGUCAAUAUGACGUGCUCGUCAUGCCUAACUUGUACGGUGAUAUUUUAUCUGACAUGUGCGCCGGACUCGUCGGAGGUCUCGGUCUGACACCAAGUGGAAACAUUGGUUUGAACGGAGCUUUGUUCGAAUCGGUACAUGGAACGGCACCCGAUAUUGCUGGCCAAGAUAAGGCGAAUCCUACGGCGUUAUUGCUCUCCGCAGUGAUGAUGCUAAAACAUAUGGGCCUUAUCAAUCACGCAAAAAUCAUUGAACACUCUGCUUACGACACUAUUAAAGAAGCCAAGUAUUUGACUGGUGACUUAGGCGGCACUGCAAAGUGCAGCGAGUAUACCAAUGAAAUUUGUAAGAAAGUCGCUGCGCAAACCAAAUAAAGGACAUUUUAUUAGCUGAAA